AUGUAUACAUCCACAUCCACUCCUAAAAUUAAACCUUAUUAAUCAUUACUCUAAAACUCUCUAUAACAUUAACCUAUCUAAUAAACUAUUUUCACUGAAAUUACACCUUCUACACCUUAAAAAUUCAAUAUGUUAAAGAAUCUCAAGGUUCUUAAUGUAUCAUCUCAAACAACUGAGAACAGUUUUAGAACCACUAAUAAUACUAAAAGAAUAUUAACAUAAGAUAGUCCUUAACUUAAUAAGGAAAAUGCUAAUAUUAAAUUUGAUUAACACUCAACCUAAAUAGAAAUUUAACUUAAACGUUCAAUCUAAGAAAAUUUAAAACUUUCUAAUCUAGUUACUAAAUUAACUAAAGAAAAACAACAAUUAAUAGCUUAAAUUUAACAUACAGAUUUUCAUAUUAUUAAAUAAAGAGUUGAAAGAUUAGAAUCUGUUAUUGAUCAUUAAGCCGAUGAAAUUGAAGAUUGGAAAAAAAAAUAUAUGGACGCAUGUUAAAAUGAUCCAAAUUCAUCUAUUAUUGAAAAUAUGGUAUUUCAAUUAUUGAAUAUUACAAGGAAAUUAAAAUUACAUAAACACUCAAAGAAAAUGAAAGAUUAAAUCAAAUACAUUUAAAUCAACUUAAAAAAAUUGAAAAUUUAGAAUAAAUAAUCAAAGAUUUAGAAUAUAAAGUUACUGAUUAAAAUAAUUAAAUAAUUGUCUAUGAAGAAGAAAGAAUAAAUUUUCAGGAUAAACGAAUUAAUCAGUUAGAACAACCAAGUUAUACAAUCAAUUUUAACUAUUUAGAAUACAUAACCUUAAUUGAAAAUGUAAAAUAUAUAAGAAUUUAUUAUAGAAAAUUACAGAUCUAACAAAAUUCGAACAUGAUAAUCAAAAGUAAUACGAAAAUAUAAAAGAAGAAUUUAAUACUCUUCAAAAUAAAUUGAAUUACAUAAAUUUCAAGAAAUCUAAUAUUGAAUAAAUUACCAAUAUAUUAAAUGAAUUUAAAAAUAAUAUUACUAACCAAAGGAAUCCAUGA